UACAUGUCCACCUGUCGUAGGAGGGGUGUGCAGGGUGACAGGAGCGUUUGGCUAUGCGGAAAUAUUCUAUUGACGAAAUUCAAAUCAAUUAGGCAAAUGAUUUAUGUUGAACAUUGUUUGUUUGGUUUUUUUAGGGGGGUGGGGGGUUCUUUUUAUUAUUGUUUUUUUUUCAUUUUACAUGCAUAUAUAUACUUUUUUAUUAAUAGAUCUAUACACCUUUGCCACAUAUGGUGAAAAAUAAAAUUUGAACUUUAACCCAGAAUACCUGGCAUUCUAUUCCAGUACCUGAACAUGUAAAGGAAAUUGAUUUUGACUCCACAAUAACAACUGCAAUGUUGUCGAUUAAUGUCAUAACAUUGCUGCAUGUAUAAAAUGGUUACUUUAAAGGAUUAUGAUAUAUUUGCUUAUUAAGUGAUUUAAAACUUACACACAUUAAUAUCAAAUUAAAAAGUAUAUCUGGGAUUUAUUCAGAGAUAUCGUCUUACUACAUUUUUCCAAUUAUGAUUAACAAAUUUUUUUCGUCUCUGCAUUAAUUCUUUACACAGCUUGUAAUACACACUCAAGAUGCAGGCAGGAUACAUGAAUGUACGAGAGAAAAUCAUUGUUCAUAGCGACAGUGUGCAUUCGGAACACCUCGCGUCAUAAUUGUUUACAUUCACAACUAAGUAUUUCGUCAUAAGUAGACACGCUGGAAGUAAAACGCUGUUUAUACCAGCAUUGGCAUUUAACAGGUCAAAAAUAACCUGUCUUUUACCAAGUAUAUAAAGAGCUAGAGUUUGUUCCUACAUAGAAUAUCACAAUACAGAUCGGUGCACUUUGGGUAUUGACAGAGAGAGAAAAAAAUGGGUCUUUUUCUAUCGCGAUUGUAUUCUAUCUUCGAGUCCUUUACCGCAGACGAUCCGGCUAGGAUCCUCAUGCUGGGUUUAGAUGCAUCUGGAAAGACAACGAUUUUAUACAAAAUCAAACUGAAUGAAAAUGUGCAUACUAUCCCAACCAUUGGGUUCAACGUAGAAACGGUGGAGCCGGUGAAGGGGAUUUCAUUUACUGUGUGGGAUAUAGGGGGCCAGGAUAAAAUCAGACCUUUGUGGCGAUACUAUUUCCAAAAUACCGAAGGACUAAUCUACGUCGUUGACACUAAUGAUAGAGAGAGGAUUGCCGAGUCUCGUGAAGAGCUGUUUGCAAUUCUCGAUAAUGAUGAAAUGAGGAGAGUACCAGUCGUGGUUAUCGCCAACAAACAGGACCUACCUGGUGCCAUGAAACCAUCAGAGGUUGCUGACUUGAUGGAUUUACAUAAAAUGACGUCUCGAAAAUGGUUCAUUCAAGCCGCAUGCGCAACAACAGGCGAGGGGAUAUACGAGGCCAUGGGGGAAAUGGCUAACAUGGUCAAAGAUCACAAAGCGGGAUACCACUGAACAUAAAUGGAGUGGAUAACUGACAUGUAGACAACACUGACACAGACAAUCUACCUCAGCCAAUGAGAGGCUGGUGUUGUCUCUUUUGAUGAUGUCAUUCCGUUCCGUUUUCAAGAACGUUACACUGCAGACCGUGAUGUCUUGCACAUGGGGAACUACGCAUCUUGCAGAGCUGACGGACAUAUCAUAGAUUGUCUGCAUCGAGUUAAUGAGUUGAGUGAGCCAUUCUUUACGAACAUACAAUGUAUGCUGUUAGAAAAACUUUAUUUCAAUGUCAUCAGUGGAAUAAUUGCGCUAUCAAAAUCGACCAUCAUUCAAACAAAUAAAGGUGUUAUUAUAAUGGA